AUGUUUAGAGACGAGAGUAACCAUGUCAUGGAAAAGGCUCGAAGACGUCGCCAUCUCACCGUCAAGGCGCCAAGAUCCCCGAGUUCCAUGAGCAGAUGCUCAACAACACCGGAGCCUCGGCAAGCAUCACUCUCGCUUCUGGUUCCAAGUCCUAUUAGGCCCACGAGCCCGACCCCCGAAGCUGCUUCAUCGGAAGAUGAAGACAGUCCACCGAUGUCUCCCGAUUCGGGAAGCUGGCCAGUUACUCCGGCAGUUGCCCUAUUGUAUGACCUUUCCCCAAGUUGUCAGCAGCAAGGCAUUGCCUAUUUCUUUUCACGAUACGUAUCCGUCGAAGAGACGACCUGUCACCACAAUUUCAGCUUUGUCUUUGACGUAUGGAAGCCUAAAUCGGUUGCCCAUGACCGGCGGGUUGACGGCGUCCUUGCCAGUAUGACGGCCGUUGGGCUGGUUGGUCUCGCAGGCGUCACUCGAUCACCGGAUAUGAUGGAAGCCGCUUGGAAGUCAUAUGGGACCGCUCUUCGCUUGACCAAUCACGCUUUAGAAACGCCUAUCGAAGCUGUCAAAGACACUACGAUGCUCUCGGUACUAAUUCUCGGCCUUUUCGAGCUGAUAGCUGAGCAUCCAUCUCGCAUGCGGACUGUCGAAGCUUUUCAAGAACACAUCAACGGUGCAGUUGCUCUCGUAAAACUGCGAGGAGCUGCUCAGUUCGAGACAAAAGCAGGGAUCAAAAUGUUCUCGAUGCUUUGCCAACGGGUCAUGCUGAGCUGUCUGCAGUCCCGCGAGCCCAUGCCAAUGCCGCAACCACUGAUCGACUUGUGGCAUGUAAUGCCUCAACCCAUACAACUUAAGGGAUACGGAGGCCUUACACUCUCUGCGUUACCACUCAUGCACGACUUCCUACAAGUGCGUGCCGACAUGCUAAGCGGGGCCUUGGUAGAUUCGGAUAGCAUCCUCGCUCAUCUUUUCCGUCUCGACGAAGGAUUCGAACAACUCUCGUCCCAAUUCUCUCCGGACCUACCCUACAAAAGAUUCCGACUGACGAGACAUCAUCCGGCGGUGCUGAACGGGGUAUGCAAUAUCUACCCCACACUAUGGGAUACUACAUUUUGGAACAGUCUCCGUAUGCUCAGGAUGCUUGUGCUGGAGACGAUUAUCUGCGAGAUCCAACAGAUUUCACGAGGGCUCUGCCUAAAGCCAACAUCCGGCCCUUACGCAGACCAGUUCACAAGUGCUAAGCGCAAGUUGAAGGAAAUGAUGGAGGCAAUAUGCGGCAGUGUACCCCAGAUACUUGGGCUUGUGGACCCUACCAACGGUCGCGUCGACAACUCAUGCUCAACGCCAAUAUCGAGUGUCGAAGUCCGAGAAACCCCCAGUCCACCAACGUCCCCAUCUGCCAGGUCAUCCGAUUCCGGCGGUAGCGGCCAGAGUCCUCUGGACCCAUCUAGGGCCCAUUCCGCGAACCUCACCAUCCUUCACCCGGUAACUCCCGCUUCAGCAGACGCAGAAGAGGAGGCCAACCGCUUCGUGCUCUUGGUAUCAGCAACGAGCCCGGUGGUUUGGCCAUUGUACAUGGUUGGGAUGUCAUCGGUGUGCACGGGGGAGGUGAAGGGUUACGUCGCUGGAAGGUUACGCACGCUGUACAUGGAGACGGGGGUAAAGCAAGCAGAUGCCGUGGCCAAUCUGCUUGACGAGCACGAUGCGGUGGAUAUGGAAGAAGAUGGACAGGAGGAAAAUGGGUCAGAGGAUCAAAGGCUGUGGCUGCCAGCAGGACUAGGGAUUGGAUACGAUUGGAUGAACGCGGAUGAAAUGGAGGAUAUGCCGCUGCAUCUGAGGGUGGUGCAACAACAACAUGAGCUGUUCCAUGAGCGACUUCGACAAGAGCAGUUCUAUCAUGACGGGCCGGUUAUGAUGGAGGAUGGAAUGAAAGGAACGAUAGAUCCCCAGCUGAUCUGA